UACUUUAUAUUAAUUUGUAAUUGAUUUUCUGAAUAUCUAGUUACAUGUAACACUUGCCACUUCUUCACAGACCACUUUAAGCAGUCUCUUUUUGCCACUUAUAUUAAGUAUUCUAUUUACACCUGCAUAAUGGCAGCAGCAUUCAACGAGACAUAGCGCUGGCGACAACAAUCGUAUUGACAAUAUACUUUCCUAUAUACAGUGGUCUCUUGUUACGAUCGAGCUUACAUUACGCGCUAUUACUAUCUAUAGCUAUGUCGACGCAGCUGCACCAUGCUUUGAAAUAAGCGAGCAGUCGGUGCAGCCGUCAUGAGACACGAGUACAUCUUUAUCUGGCAGUUAGUCUGGCUCUUCUUCCUGCUACAUCCCGAAGCUCUUUACACGGGCGUUGUAGCAGAGGAGACAGGAAAUGAAUAUUCAAGGGGUUGUGCCCAUCUGCGUUGCGAGAAUGGCAGUCGAUGCAUCAAACGGAGGUUCUGGUGCAAAAAUCCACCCUGUCCCGGCAUGUUGUACUGCUCGAAAUCCAGGAAAGAAGCGUUGAAGGGCCCUACAACAUGCGAUACUGUUCGCUGCAACCAGGACCACAUGUGCGUCGUUAAAAUUCGAGGAUGCCGUUGGGAUAAAACAUGUAAGCAACAAAUAGCGCGCUGUAUUUCGGAGAAGGAAUAUUACGAGGGGGCAGCUUCCUGUGCCGGUUUCAAAUGUCCCUCGGGGGAACGGUGCAUCCUGCGGGAAUUGUAUUGCCUCAAUCCACCCUGCAAACUGAUCAGAAGCUGCGCAGAAGCACUAGACGCGCAGGCUUGGUUCGACGAAUGUAGAGGCUUGAAUUGCACUUCGGAGUACGAAUGUUUUCUACGGAGACCAGAUAACAACUGCCUCGAUCCACAAUGCACGCAUACGCCCGAUUGCACGUUCACCACUGAGGAUGAGCUAAUCAGCAAAUACUGUCGCGGUUGGGUGUGUCCACAGGCGCAGAGAUGCAUAGUGCGAAUCGCAGGCUCGUGCAAAGGUUUCAACUGUACUAUCGAGAGAUCGUGUCGCGCGUCAUCAAACUCGCCUGCCACAUAUAUGAAUGACGAGAUCGCCGAGCAGUCGUCGACUGAAGAAAUCUUGACGCAGAUGGAAACCGAGAUGAUUCCUCAGGAAGUGGAAAACCGAAGAAUGAAUACGCAAACAAAUUACCCAGUCACGGAAAAAGAGCCAACUUUGGUAGCGCAAAGACGAAGCACACGUCAUGGGACACUCAACCAGCACGAGGCAAAAGUUCCUCUGACUCAGCAACAGUGGCGAGUCACAACGACGAAAUCGAAUCUAAUCGCAGGAUCAUCGACGAACGGGCUAUAUUCGAUAAUACCGUAUCCUCAAUUUCGAAUAAAUCAUGAUGAACUAUCAACAAGCAACAACGUUUUUGAGAUCACGUCCGAGCUCCCUGACUCGUUGAAGAGCUCGGCCUUCUGGACGACUUUGUCCGCCGACAGAAAAAUAGAGCCGACUGCAUCGCGUGACACAAACAAAUUAGAGGUGCUGAAGAAAUUCUAUAUAGCGAGCGACGAUGCGUUGCCGCUACCUGUCGUGUUGGAAGGUAUCAGCUUCGUCGGACAAGGCUAUCCAAUCUGGAUAAGAAAUCCGCCGCCGUAUCCUUCGGUAUCGGUUUCGUUGGAAGCAAGGAGCGAAAAUGGUUCUGGAUGGGAAUACCACGCGCCGCAAGAGCCGUACAGGAUUUUAUUGCCGCCAUACGAGCCGGUGUUCCUUGUCGAGGAUACGAGCAGGCGAGGCCAGUUGUUCCCAUUUUUCACUUAUGCGUAUGAUUACCCUUUCGGCGAAGCGGCUUUCAUAUCUUUGCCGGAAAUAACAGUUGGAGAUAUAAUGGAAAACUUGAAAAUAGAUGAUACGCCGACAAUUAUAGAUGACGAAAUUGGCAAUCACACAAAUAGUUUCACGACCGUUAAGAUUGAGAAUUUCAAGACAAGUCAUUUCGAUGACUCGUCCAGCGAUUACGCAAAUUCCCUCACGACGGAAAAGACGAGUACUCUUUCAUUGAAUAUUCGCGAGAAAGAGCUGGAUAAUUAUGACAUGAGUUGCAACUGCCCGCUGACUGCGUCCACAGGACCCACUCUGGCCUCGACAUGCGGCGGGCCGUCGUUCAUGCUUUUCAUGGGGCUGCUGGAGGUCUUCCUGCGUAGCCAAUGCGACCUCGAGGACCCGUGCAACAGGCCCGCGCCGCCGAGCAAUGUCAAUACAAGGUACGACUUCGUGGUGAUCGGUGGCGGUAGCGCCGGUGCGACUGUCGCGGCUAGAUUGUCGGAGGAGCCGAGAUUUUCCGUGUUGCUGCUGGAAGCCGGACUGGACGAACCAACAGGCACCCAGAUACCCUCGUUCUUUUUCAAUUUCAUCGGCAGCGAUAUCGACUGGCAGUACACCACCGAAAGCGAGGACGAGGCCUGUUUAAACAAGGAGCACAGGAAGUGUUACUGGCCUAGAGGAAAGGUACUUGGCGGUACCAGCGUGAUGAACGGGAUGACGUACAUGAGAGGAUCGCGCAAGGAUUACGACGACUGGGCCAGGCUCGGUAACGCUGGUUGGAAUUAUCGCGACGUUCUCCCGUAUUUCAUAAGGAGCGAGGAUAAUCAGCAAGUGAAUAGCAUGGAUUAUGGAUAUCACGGAGUCGGUGGGCCGCUCACGGUCACGCAGUUUCCAUAUCAUCCACCGUUGAGUUUCGCUCUUUUGGAGGCCGGCAAGGAAUUGGGGUACGACGCGGUCGAUCUGAACGGACGGACGCACACCGGAUUCGCUAUAGCGCAAACGACGUCGAGAAAUGGCUCACGACUGUCCACGGCACGUGCUUUCCUACGUCCGGCCAGAAAUCGCCCGAAUCUUCACAUAAUGCUGAACUCGACGGCGACCAGGAUCCUCUUCGACGAGAACAAUCGGGCGAUGGGUGUCGAGUUCGUCCACGACGGGAUGGUUAAACGCGUGACGGUGACGAAGGAGGUAGUGGUGAGCGGAGGUGCCGUUAAUUCGCCGCAAAUCCUCUUAAACAGCGGCAUAGGACCUCGAGAGGAGCUUAACGCGGUGGGUGUGCCGGUCGUUCGCGAUCUUCCGGGCGUUGGCAAGAAUCUUCACAAUCACGUCGCCUACGCCCUGACCUUCACCAUCAAUGACACCGACACUACUCCGCUCAACUGGGCAACCGCUAUGGAAUACUUGCUGUUCAGGGACGGUCUGAUGUCCGGCACAGGAAUAUCCGAGGUGACGGCGAUGAUAAACACUAAGUAUGCGGAUCCGAGGGAGGAUCACCCCGAUGUUCAGCUGAUCUUCGGUGGUUACCUGGCGGACUGCGCGGAGACCGGCAUGGUGGGCGAGAAGAAGGGCGCGAACCGCAGUAUCUACGUUAUCCCAACGAUUCUGCACCCGAAAAGUCGCGGUUACUUACGCUUGCGAAAUAAUGAUCCGCUCUCGAAGCCACUAAUCUACCCCAAGUAUCUCAGUCAUCCCGACGACGCAGCUACUCUCGUGGAGGCUAUUAAGUUUAGCAUCAAAUUAUCGGAGGCCCAAGCGCUCAAGAGAUAUGGCUUUGAAUUGGACCGGACUCCAGUGGAGCACUGUGGGCAUCUCAAAUUCGGCUGCGACGCUUACUGGGAAUGCGCGAUUCGUCAUGACACUGCACCCGAAAAUCAUCAGGCGGGAUCCUGCAAAAUGGGACCACCGGACGAUCCUAUGGCUGUAGUUGACAAUCAGUUACGAGUCAGAGGAGUGCGCGGUGUCAGAGUGGCUGACACAAGCAUCAUGCCAAAAGUGACAUCCGGUAAUACGAACGCGCCAGCAAUUAUGAUUGGUGAAAGAGCGGCGGACUUCAUUAAGAAGACCUGGAUCGGCUGACGUAAAAUUACUUAAGGUCACCGUACCGUUCUCUUCAUUACUAUUUCGUACAGAACAUCCAGAACGUGUUCCAAUCCAAACAAUGCAAAUAACUCAAGAAAGUCGUAAUGGAAUUCGAAAGACGUCUACGGUAAAAUAGUCCCAACUUUAUAAUGUCUUUUGUUUACGCUUUAGACGUCUUCCGGAUUUUUGCGCCACUCUGAAUCUCCCGCUGUAAAUGAAAAGUGCUUUAGAUGCAACAACGUUGCUGCAACUUUUGUGCUACAUGGGCAUAUUCCUUCGGCGAUUUUGUAGAAUCUCGAGAAUUAAUUAAUCAUAAUCGAUUAGUGACUUCAAUGAUGAUAAUUAAUAACUACAAUUAGGAUCGAUUUAUCCUCUUAUUGUACAAUAUACAAGACUUUUAAAGUAUUAUUUAAUAAUGUACAGUUGUUCCGGUAAUGUGUGUCACUCUCGUGUGACAAUUCGAGACAACUUUCCUUAGAAAAAUAUAAUUUCACUAACACAAGAAAAAUUCAGUUAGACGUUUUUUUUAGUUUAGUUACACGACGACUCAGAACUUUACGCUCAUUUAGUGCGCCAUACGUUUGAGUUUGCGGCGAACAUACAGGGGAUUCCACUUUCGCGUACCAAAUAGAUCCAUUAACCACGACAACCGUUUGAUCUUCCUGUUUCGGUGUUUCCACCGAUGCUAGGUAGAGUAAGAGAUCGCGCACUACUAUAAAUAGUACAUUGCUGCAGAGUGUAUUUUCUUACACUUUUACGGAAACACUUGUAAAGAAAUGGCAUACGAAUACAGAAUAUUUUAUCGCGAGG